CGCAUGUUGGGUUGGUUCUUCCGACUGUCAUCUUUCAGAGCAGCACUUCCAGAGUCCCAAGGCUCAGCAAUUUUGUCAUUUUAGUUGCUCAAACCAGGAAGUCUGUCUCUCCGCCUUCAACGAAGUCUGCCUCUCCGCUUCUCUUUCUCUCAGUCGCUCAAGGAUCAGGUGGAGUCUUAUCUCCAAGUGUUUCAAUACUGAUCAAUAGUUUUCGUCUGCUUGGAACUUCCACUUGGUUAUGUUGAAUAUUUGUCUGACCUUUGGGUCACCAAGGCAGCAUGGCAGAAAAAGCUACUAUUAGACAAAACAAUGACUUCCCAGCGUUUCCAACAUGAGGAAUGCAUUGGACGUCCGUGCAGUUGCCAACCGUUAUGCUGCCCUACUGCAACUAUGCUGCUCCCGAAGCCCCCCUUCGUACUCCCUAGCUCGAACUAUCCAUGCUCAUAUGAUAACUUUUGGGUUCAGGCCACGGGGCCACAUUCUCAACCGUCUCAUCGAUGUUUACUGCAAAUCAUCCAACAUUGGCUAUGCCUGCCACCUGUUCAACAAUAAUCCUGAACAAGAUAUAGUUGCAAGAACAACGUUGAUUGCUGCAUACUCUGCUGCAAGGAAUCUGAAGCUGGCUCGGGAAGUAUUUUGUGGUACCCCAUUGAGUAUCAGAGACACGGUUUUCUACAAUGCGAUGAUCACAUGCUAUUCCCAUAAUAAUGAUGGCCACACUGCCAUUGAACUCUUUCGCGACAUGAGGAGACACGGGUUUAGGCCAGAUAAUUUUACGCUCACCAGUGUACUAGGAGCUUUGGCACUCAUAGCUGAUGAGGAAAAACAGUGCCAGCAGAUGCAUAGUGCUAUGCUAAAAUCAGGAACAGGUUUUGUUACUUCAGUGUUGAAUGCGCUUAUAUCUGCUUAUGUAAAGUGCGCGUCUUCACCAUUAGCAUCGACAUCGUCAUUGAUGGGUGCAGCUAAGAAGUUGUUUGAUGAGAUGCCUGAGAAGGAUGAGUUAACAUGGACGACAAUGAUUACAGGGUAUGUGAGGAAUGAUGAUCUUGAUGCAGCCCGUGAAAUGCUUGAUGGGAUGACUGAAAAGUUGGGGGUUGCAUGGAAUGCAAUGAUUUCUGGUUAUGUGCACCAUGGUUUUAUUCACGAGGCAUUGGACAUGUUUAGGAAGAUGCAUGCAAUGGGGAUUCAGCGAGAUGAGUUUACUUAUACGAGCGUAAUCAGUGCUUGUGCUAAUGUUGGAUUGUUCAAACAUGGAAAGCAAGUGCAUGCUAAUAUUUUGAGAACAGAAGGGAAACCUGAACCGGAGUUUUCACUCUCUGUGAAUAAUGCAUUGGUUACACUAUACUCGAAAUGUGGUAGAGUUGACGAGGCUCGGGGGAUUUUUAAUAAGAUGCUUGUAAGAGAUCUUGUUUCGUGGAAUGCAAUCUUGUCUGCAUAUGUGAACGCAGGGCGCGUUGAGGAAGCCAAGUUAUUCUUUAAGAUGAUGCCUGAGAGGAGCCUUCUAACAUGGACUAUGAUGAUAUCUGGUUUUGCACAGAAUGGGUUUGGAGAAGAAGGUUUGAAGCUGUUCAACCAAAUGAGAAUGGAGGGUUUUGAGCCGUGCGAUUAUGCAUUUGCAGGAGCAAUUACAUCUAGUGCAGUGCUAGGAGCAUUGGAGCAUGGACGCCAGCUCCAUGCUCAGCUACUUCAGUUGGGGCAUGAUUCAAGCCUCUCAGCUGGAAAUGCACUUAUUACAAUGUAUGCAAGAUGUGGCAUUGUUGAGGCUGCAAAUCUUGUGUUCCUUACAAUGCCUUAUUUGGAUUCAGUAUCUUGGAAUGCUAUGAUUGCAGCUUUAGGGCAACAUGGACAAGGUCUCCAAGCAAUAGAACUUUAUGAGCAGAUGUUGAAGGAAGAUAUAGUACCUGAUAGGAUAACUUUUCUUACAGUUCUCUCUGCUUGUAGCCAUGCUGGUUUAGUCAAAGAAGGGCGUCAGUAUUUUGACUCAAUGUGUUUUUACGGUAUAAACCCAGGUGUAGAUCAUUAUGCUCGAUUGAUUGAUUUGUUGUGUCGAGCUGGGAAGUUCUCAGAAGCAAAGGAUGUGAUCGAAUCAAUGCCUUCUGAGCCAAGUGCAACAAUUUGGGAGGCUCUUCUUGCUGGUUGCCGGCUCCAUGGGAACAUGGAUUUAGGGAUUCAAGCUGCUGAUCAACUCUUUGAACUGAUGCCACAACAUGAUGGGACCUAUGUACUUUUGUCAAACAUGUAUGCCACUGCAGGAAGGUGGAAUGAUGUGGCUAAGGUGCGGAAAUUAAUGAGGGAUCGGGGGAUUAAGAAAGAACCUGCAUGUAGUUGGGUUGAGGUUGAAAACAAGGUUCAUGUGUUCUUGGUUGAUGACACUCGGCACCCCGAGGUGCAAGCGGUGUACGAUUAUCUAGAGCAAUUGAUACUUGAAUUGAGAAAACUUGGAUACGUCCCCGACACAAAAUAUGUUCUGCAUGAUAUGGAGUCUGAGCAUAAGGAGUCUGCCUUGUCUACUCAUAGUGAGAAGCUUGCAGUUGUUUUUGGGCUCAUGAAGCUUCCUCUAGGAGCCACUAUUAGGGUUUUCAAGAACCUUAGGAUCUGUGGGGAUUGCCAUAAUGCAUUCAAGUUCAUGUCAAAAGUGGUGGGCAGAGAGAUAGUUGUGAGAGAUGUGAAGAGGUUUCAUCAUUUUAGGAAUGGUGACUGCUCUUGUGGCAAUUAUUGGUAGGCAGAAUAUUCGUCAGCCGAUUAUCUAUUGGAGAAGGUUAAUGUCAAAGGUAGAAAACCCCAUCUCAUUUUCCUAUUUAUUGCCCACAAGUGUGGGAAUUUGUACACUGCAGAGCCACGCCAAUAAUUCGCCAAUUAUGGAUUCAACUACCGAAACAUACAGUCACUCUCAAGGACUUCCCAAAGUCUCGCCAAAGGUGCAUGCAUGAGUUUUUCACUUUCCUCUGGAUUUUUUCAACAGAAGGUAUUGAAUCUCAACAAAGAAUAUUCUUUAUAAUCUCUAAUAUUGUUGACGAGUACUGCUACACCUAAAAACUCUUUUAUAACUUGUUGACGUGAUUGGAGCCAUAUCAACCACUGUUUGUUUUUUAACACCCUCCAAUCAAUCAAGUGCUAAUACGACGAGUCAACAAGUUGUAAAAUAAUUGUAAGUCUAAAACAUUAUUUCCUUGAAUAGGUGAUUUAUUAUUUUACUUCGUAGAACAAUUAGCAGCAUUUGACAAUAGUUUCUAUGUUUCUGUAAUACUUG